CGGGAUCGAAUGCUAAAACACAGCGCGCCAAAUCCAUCAAAAUGUUGAUAGGCUCAAGAACAAAAAGACCGAAAAAUUCUAAAUUGAUUAAAUCUGGAGCGGAACACAGACUUCAGAUUUACAAAGUCCCACCCAAAGAUACAGUAACUCUUCAGGAAUUUGAAGAAUAUGCAGUAGAGAGAUUGAAAGUUCUUAAAGCAAUUGAAAAUGCUGGCAUUCGGCACAUUCGAGGAUCAGAAGAUUACAACCAUUUGGUGGAAAAAGAGGUUAAGAAAACGAAGUUAGCCAAGAUCAUUAGGACGGAUUACUCAACUGACUGUGAGGAAUUCAGCAUAGACCACAUUUCGCAUUUUAUUUUGCGACUUGCAUAUUGCAGAUCGGAGGAUUUGAAGCGAUGGUUCUUGCAACAGGAGUUGGACUUAUUCAGGUUUAGAUUUUUGAAGGAAAAUGCAGAAGAUAAACAAAAAUUUCUCAAAGUCAACAGUUUGGAUUAUAACCCAAUUUCAGAAGAUGAGAAACAGAGAGUGCUACAAGAUCUUAUGGCGUCUGCUGGCAGAAAUUCCACCACAGCUGACACAAAUGAAUAUUUCAAAGUUCCUUUCACAGAAGUACUUGAUCUUGUGCGGGGUCGAAAGGUUUUCCUGAGUAGAGGGUUUGCCUAUGUACCGAAGGACGACAUGAUAUCCAUCCUGAUAACACACUACAGAGCGCACCUCUCGCAGCAGCUAGCUAUGACGUCUCGUGCCCUGCCUCAACUUGAGGAAGACAAUCGCCUCCUUCCCAUGUUGUCUGGCCUCAGUAAGAGGUACCUAGGGCAGGACUACAGCUCAAAGAAGUCCAACGUCGGCAAGAUUACUGCAGAGAUGAUCGACUCUCUAUCAAAGCAAUCCUUUCCCCCGUGCAUGCAGAACCUGCAUCAAUCAAUGAAGAGGGACCACCAUUUGAAGCAUGGAGGGAGGAUGCAGUAUGGACUCUUCCUGAAGGGGAUCGGCCUCUCUCUGGAGGAAGCACUCAGGUUCUGGAGAACAGAGUUCACCAAAGCCAUGGACGGAGAUAAGUUUGACAAACAGUACUCUUACAACAUCAGACAUAAUUAUGGCAAGGAGGGAAAAAGAGCAGACUACACUCCAUACAGCUGUAACAAAAUCAUCAUGUCUAAUGCUCCAGGACCAGGGGACAACCAUGGCUGUCCCUUCCGGCAUACAGAUGCCGAUCUUCUAGCUCAAAAACUCAGGCUCCAGGGAAUCAGUAAGGAUUUUACUGAUAAGAUAAUGAAGUACACAAGGGACGGACAUUACCAGAUUGCUUGUAAAUAUUACUUUGAUGCCACCCACUCUGGAGUGGAGGAACCGGAUGUCAACAUCAACCAUCCUAACCAGUACUUUGACGAGAGUCAACACUUCUAUUCAGGCAAAAAAGAAGCUAAGCUUCCAAACACACCAGCAAGAACAGGAAGUCAAAGGUCAAGUCAGAACACGCCAAGGUCACAGCUCUCCCAGAAUUCCCAGCCAACAUCCCAAAACACAACAGUAGAUGAUGAAAUGAUGGAUGAUGAUCUAUGUAUGGCUGCCAUGGAAACAGCAUAAACUUUGACUUUUGGAUAGAGCAUGAAAGCAUAUUUCUUUUUAUUUAUUCCUAAUAAAAAUGUGUACAUUGAAAUAA